UGACCUUUUAAGACGCAUCUUCCAAACCCACUGGUGCCCAAUGCGAGUCAGGGCACCCUCUCCUGUCGCCUCCAUGACCCCUGUCGAGGCAAUAACCUCCAAUCCCUUGGUGACACGGGAGGACCUGGUUCAUCUCUUACAUUCCCUGUUGAAACCUGUCCAUUCCGCACAAUCAUCUGGAGGAGCUCGAGUACACCUCGGAUACACAGGCACCAUUUUUGAUCCAGUGGCAGCGGAGCUAGAGGGAUUCGCUCGGUGCAUAUGGGGUCUCGCACCUUUGCUGAGCUGUGAGCCUGAGCGGGACGAGUUCAAGACGAUUCGGAAUGAUUGGGUGAGGGGUUUGAACAGCGGUACGAAUGAGCAGUUGGAAGAUGAAUUUUGGGGGAAAUGCUAUACUAGAGAUCAGCGAUUUGUCGAGAUGGCUCCGAUUGGAUUCGCAUUGACCAUUGCUCCCCAAGUUUUUUGGGACCCACUUCCGCCAGAGGCGAAAGAAAGGCUCAAUGACUGGCUGCUUCAGAUCAACGAGCUUGAAUUACCGGAGAACAACUGGCAAUUCUUCUUGGUCCUCACUAACCUCGGACUUCGGUCAGUCGGUGCAAGAUACAACAAGAAGAGACUGGAGGAGACAUUAGAAUAUGUCGAAUGCUGGUAUGGUGAUCAUGGUUUUCCCUCUGAUGGCCCAAACGAAACGACCAAGGCGUACGAUUAUUACGCCACCUCCUUCGCGAUCCCUUUCUACACACUAAUCUAUUCGCACCUCUGCCGGGAGUCCGAUCCCGAACGUGCCAGACUGUACCGUCAACGUGCGAUUGCCAAUCUUCCCAAUGCCAUCCAAUUGUUCGCUCCGGACGGAGGGGCCAUCCCAUUCGGAAGGAGCAUGACUUAUCGAUUUGCCACGAGCUCGUUCUGGGCAGCUCUUGCUUUCUCGGGACUACAGCUACCUCCGCCAUUCUCCCUCGGCGUCAUCAAGGGUCUUCUGCUCCGAAAUAUCCGUUGGUUCACUAGGCGUGCAGAAUGUUUCGCAAGGGAUGGGUCAUUGACUAUUGGCUGGACAUCGCCAAGCCAAUUCAUGUCAGAGGAUUACAACUCCCCCCAGUCUCCCUAUUGGGCUCUGAAAUCCUUUCUCGUGCUCGCCUUACCAGAAUCUCAUCCAUUUUGGCAAGUCAAGGAAGAGCCAUAUCCUCAAUCUUUUGUCGACCGGCCCUUCACACCGGUCGAACCGUGGAUGCAAUGCUUCAGCCACGCGGCAGGACACACUUUUGUCCUAUCAUCAGGGCAGAUUGCAUUCCAGAUGCGCGCAGCGGCGGCAAAGUAUGGCAAAUUCGCCUACUCCUCUGCAUUUGGCUUCAGCGUGCCCGUGGGCUGUAUGGGCCUGAAUCAACAUGCUCCCGAUUCCACAUUGGCUUUAUGCGAUGACUCUGAAGGCGAACGAUGGACAGUGAGGCGCCUGGUGGAUGAUGUCGAAUUCAUAGAGCAUGGUAUCCUCAAAUCGUCCUGGCGACCUUGGAGCAACGUCAAGGUGAUUACCUGGCUGAUACCACCUUCAAGCAAAGAUGCGGCCCAUCAUACACGGAUUCAUAAGGUCAUCAACAAUUCCGAACGAGAUAUCCUUUUCAGUGAGGGAGGUUUCGCGAUCCACGGUACAUCUGGUCCAUCACGCUCUGAGAGAAGACUGGACGCAGUAUCCCGUCUAGAAGACGGGAUUCAUGGCUUUCAGCAGACAGGGACCUCGGCAAUAAUUCAUUCCAGGGCCGGAGUGAGCGGGAUCAUAGAUCUCAUUGGAACUGGGCAGGGCAAGAUUCAAGUCAUGGAUGGGAACUCGAAUUUGAUUACACCGAGACCCAUCGCUCCGCUUAUUGUCGGAUCGUUCCAGAAGGGAACGUCAUGGCUCGCGGUCAGAGUCUUUGCCAUCCCCACAGGUGCCGACGGUAAAGUAGGAAGAAUUGGCGCUGGAUGGGUUGAGGAAUGGAGGGAGUGCUCGAAAGGCAUCGACGGAUCAGAGGGUCUCAAGAAGGCAUAUCCGUUCUUGUCGUGAUAAGGCUAU